AUGGCUUCCGAUCGUGACAUUCUCAUCUACUGCAUCAAACGACAAUACAAUCUUCUUGUCUAUGUGGCGUAUCUAGAUCCAGACACGAUCGAAUCCUCGCCGCCGGAAGGAUGGAGUGAUGAGCAGCUCGUAGUCGACGGCGUACGCAGUCUCGGGCGCACCGAAAGAGUUAUAGAUCUUCUACGCCACAUACCCUACUUCCGAAGAGAGUCGUACGGUGAACGUCUCGAGUUCCUCGUCGAAGCGGUGCCAAUCAAUUACCUCCGUUAUUCGUGGCGUUCGAAAGGCAUUGCUGCAGACCCAUGUGUCGGCAAAAGCAUCGACCACAAUGAUGUUCUUCUCAUGCCAGAAGACGCUACCUGUCCUUCUUCAUUCAUCUCUUUGACCGAGGGCCGAGAGGCGACUUGGUGGAUCGACGAAGAAUAUCAGCCCUGCCGUCAUUCGCCUACCCUUAAGCGUUUCAGGAGUAUUUUGAAGCACUCCACAACAAUAUCGUCAUUUUGA